UGUCUUUGGACUGUGGGAGGAAACCUGAGAACCCGGAGUAGACCCAUGCUAACGGGGAGAACAUGCUAACGCCACACAGAAGGCCCCAGGCGGGAUUUGAACCUGUGACCCUCUGGCUUCGAGGCGACGGUGUAGUUGUAAUGUUUAGUAUACAGUUCGUUUGAUGUAAUGACUUCCUGUUGCAGCGCAGCAGCUCUGACACUCAUCCAGUCCAGCAGCUUAACUAAUAGGAUUACACCAGAAACCUCCCGUCUGCUCAGCUGACAGCAGCGAGCAGCCCGGAGACGCCAAACCGUCCUCAACCUCCACGCACUCAGCUUCCUGUCCUACUGGACCCGGUGGAUGGACCAGCUUCCUGUUCUGCUGGACCUGGUGGAUGGACGAGUCUGAGACCAAUGAGAUGAGGACGUGGACUUAAGUCGUAGAGUCCACCUGGACUUCCUUCAGACUCAGAGUCCUCCUGGACGUCCUUCAGACUCAGAGUCCUCCUGGACUUCCUUCAGACUCAGAGUCCUCCUGGACGUCCUUCAGACUCAGAGUCCACCUGGACUUCCUUCAGACUCAGAGUCCUCCUGGACUUCCUUCAGAUCUGAGACCGAUGAGCUGAGGACGUGGACUCUAAGACGUAGAGUCCUCCUGGACUUCCUUUAGUUCUGCUGAGACAUGGCAGGAAAGACCGGGACGCUGGUUCUGUGGACGCUCGCCGCGGUGCUGCUGUCAGGACGCAUCUACACCGAGACAGAUGCACCUGAUGACCCGGCGGUGGACUCGGAGGAGCGCGGUGGAUAUUUGGGCGACCCGGCGGUGGACUCAGAUCAGCUUCUAUACAGACGACACGCCGCUCUGACUCGGAGAAAAAGGAAUAUCUUGUUUCCCAGCGGAGUCAAACUUUGCAGUCAAGAGACGCUGGACGAGGCCGUCGCCAACCACCUGAACUACUUCCACCUCAGAGUGUGCCAGGAGACGGUGUGGGAGGCCUUUAAGAUCUUCUGGGACCGGUUGCCGGAGCGGGACGAGUACCAGGACUGGGUCGGUCGCUGCAUGGAUGGAUCGCUCGGCGUCAUGGACAUCGGCAGCUUCUUCAGCCAAUCAGAGGAGCACACAGACCUCAUCAGGACCAGGGUUGCCCUGGCGGCGGCGGCGAUGAACAGUGUAACCAUCACACCAGGUCCUCCUCCAUGCAGCUCUGAAUCAACGUCCAGUGUCCAGACGGCCGGAUCACUGAGACCAGCAGACGUCAUCUUCAUCGGCUCGGACACAGCUGACCACGAUGACCUUCCACCGGGCUUCGAGUUCACUGCUUGGACCGCUCCACCUUCUGCAACCGAAUGGUCGGUUCAAGACACUGCAACAUCCAGAACCAGGACCUCUGAGCCUGCGAUCGCUGCCAUGCCAGAAGACACUGAAGAUGUCCAGGACGUUGAGGACAUUGCGGAGGAUACGGUAGAGGUGGAGGUCGCUGACUCUGUUACCCACAAGCCCUUUGCUGGGAUUGUUGAGGAAGACCCAACAGAAGAGGAGGAUGUAGUGGAAGAUGUGGAUGUACCUGAUGUCACCCCAGAAGGUGAGGAGCCACCCUCAGAGAUCAUGGCUGAAGUGGUCCCCACAGAAGCUACUGUUGGGUUUUACACAAAGCCCACUACGGUACCGGCCACACUGGAAGAAUUAGGAGAGGAAGUACCCUCGGAGCCCGGGGCCCUGGCUCCGUCAGAAGGCCUACCCGAGCAGACACCUGAGAUAAUCUCCAACGUCGUUGUGGGCCCAGAAGUUCAAGAAGCUCCAGAUAGUUCUUUGGAUUUCACCCCAGAUGAAGCCUUGACUGAUGAGGUUGAGGAAACUGUACCAGAUGCACCUGAAUUAGUUGAGGUGGCAAUUCCUGAGGAACCUGAAGAUGACAUACUGAAACCACCUGUAGAACAUCCUUCAGAGGCCGCUGUAGAAGUUCAGGUCAGCACCGAUGCAACUCCAACUGUAUUUUUGAUAACAGAUCCAGAAGAAGAAGCAGAAGUAUUUAUUAAAGUGACUCCAGAACAAGAAUCUGUCUCUGUUCCUUCCCAGACCUCCGACCGGAUCCCAGAACAAGAAUCUGUCUCGGUUCCUUCCCAGGCGUCCGUCCGGACCACAACAGACGAGAUAGCAGUAGAAGUUAGUAAAGCGCCAGGCGGCAAACCAACCCUGACCGAGCCAGCCGUAGUGAUCUUACAAGAUGACCAGGAUGAAGACACCUCCGAUGACACUGAGGAGGUUCCACCAAACACUACAGUGGAGGCAACCGUUACCGUACAGGAUACAGUAGAACCUUCGGUACGUGUCACAGUAGAAGAAGAACCAGCUGAAGCUACAAUAGAAACAGCAAUCAUUGAAGAACGGCCAGUAGAGACAGUAGGAGAAGGAACAAUUGAAGGUGAAGAAACACCAGAGGAACCCACAGAACCUGUAGUGAAAGACGGAACAGGUGUUAUUGAAUUUGCACAAGAAGCAGAACCUGUUCAAGAAACUGAAGAAGUAGAACCUACAGGAGAUGCUGCAAAAGAAGCAGAACCUGUAGUAGAACCUACAGGAGAAACUGUGCAAGAACCAGAACCUGUUCAAGAAACUGAAGAAGUAGUAGAACCUACAGGAGAUGCUGCAAAAGAAGCAGAACCUGUAGUAGAACCUACAGGAGAAACUGUGCAAGAAGCAGAACCUGUUCAAGAAACUGAAGAAGUAGAACCUACAGGAGAUGCUGCAAAAGAAGCAGAACCUGUAGUAGAACCUACAGGAGAAACUGUGCAAGAACCAGAACCUGUUCAAGAAACUGAAGAAGUAGUAGAACCUACAGGAGGUGCUGCAAAAGAAGCAGAACCUACAGAAGAAACUGUGGAAAUAGUAGAACCUACAGGAGGUGCCACAAAAGAAGCAGAACCUACAGAAGAAACUGUGCAAGAACCAGAACCUGUUCAAGAAACUGAAGAAGUAGUAGAACCUACAGGAGGUGCUGCAAAAGAAGCAGAACCUACAGAAGAAACUGUAGAAAUAGUAGAACCUACAGGAGGUGCUGCAAAAGAAGCAGAACCUACAGAAGAAAAAGUGCAAGAACCAGAACCUGUUCAAGAAACUGUAGAAACAGUAGAACCUACAGGGGAUGCUGCAAAAGAAGCAGAACCUACAGUAAAAACUGUACAAGAACCAGAACCUGUUCAAGAAUCUGUAGAAGUAGUAGAACCUACAGGAGGUGCUGCAAAGGAAGCAGAACCUGCUGAAGCGACAAAACCCACAAGAGAACCAGCACAAGUUGUGGAACCUGUAGAAGAGACAGCAGAAGAGACAGAACCCACCAAAGAACCAGCAAAAGAAGCAGAACUAGUAGAAGAAAUUGCAGAGGAGAAGGAACCCAAAGGAGAACCAGCACAAGUAGUGGAACCAACGCAAGAAGCAGAACUUGUAGAAGAAAUUGCAGAGGAGAAGGAACCCACAGGAGAACCACCACAAGUAGUGGAACCAACGCAAGAAGCAGAACUUGUAGAAGAAAUUGCAGAGGAGAAAGAACCCACAGGAGAACCAACACAAGUAGUGGAACCUGUAGAAGAAACAGAACUCAUAGAAGAACCAGCACAAGAAGCAGAACCCGUACAAGAAAUUGCAGAGGAAACGGAACCCACAGAAGAACCAGCACAAGUAGUGGAACCUAUAGAAGAAACAGAACUCGUAGAAGGAAUUGCAAAGGAGACGGAACCCACAGGAGAACCAGCCCAAGUCGUGGAACCUGUUGAAGAAACACAACUCGUACAAGAAAUUGCAGAGGAGAAGGAACCUACAGGAGGACCAGCCCAAGUCGUGGAACCUGUUGCAGAAACAGAACCCACCAGAGAAGCAGAACUGGUAGAAGAAAUUGCAGAGGAGAAGGAACCUGCAGCAGAACCAGCCCAAGUUGUGGAACCUAUUGAAGAAACAGAACUCGUAGAAGAAAUUGCAGAGGAGCAGGAACCUACAGGAGGAACUGCACAAGAAGCGGAACCUGAAGUAGUAACUGAUGAGGAUAAAAUGAAUCUUGCCAUAAAAUCCGUAGAUAUCUCACAAGAAGCAGCCGGAGGGGAACCAUUGGAGGAUCGAGACGAAGCGGGUUCUGAGGAACCGGAGGAGGUUAGUGUUGCCGAGGAAGUCGUCCCAGACACUGUUGAUGCAACGCCACCAGAGUUUGAUGAAGAGAUCACUCCAGAUAUCGUUGUCGUCCCAGAAGACGACGUGGAGGACACUCCUGAACCAGAGGUAACCGGGGAACCUCCAGGAGGGCCUGAGGCAGAAGUACCACCAGAACCCACCAGGAAGACUACUACACCGGUGGUUGAGGCUGCAAGUGAAGCUCCAGAAUCUUUCCCUGAGAAAGAAAUAGUCCCAGAGGCUCCGAGUGAAACCUCUCCAGAAAUUGUGACUCUUGCCCGUCCAGAGACGACCUCAGGGGUUCCCGACGAGCCGGUUCUGGAGGUUGCACCUGGACCAAGUGAGGACCAGGUUGUCCCAGAGGAAGUUGAGGGUACCUCCCCAGAUGUUAAAGCAGAAGAAACCAUGACGGAGGCUCCAGUAGAGGUCACCUCCGAGUCUUUUGCCGAAGUCACCCCAGAAAUGACGCAGGCUUCUGCUGUGGAUGUCACUUUAGGGGUUACAACCAAGUACGUACCGGAGUACAACAACGGCAACUUCCCCCACCCAACAGAGAGGCCGGAUGACUUAGAGGACAACUUCCUGGGAAACAACGACUUUGGGUUCGAGGAGGAGAACGCUAUCGGUAACGAGAUCGACGAGACGCUGCUGUGGCCCUCGAAGACUCUGAAGGUCCAGGUGGUGGAGCUGAGCAUCAAGCUGAGAGCAGAAACCUACAACGACGCUCUGAGAGACCCGAGCAGCUUCCAGUACCAGCAGCUCGCCAAACACUUCACCCGCCGGAUCGAAGACGCCUUCGACAGGCUGCCGGGCUUCAAGAGCGUCUACGUGGUCGAGUUCAGACCUCAGAAGGACCUGGAGCGGGGUCUGGUGGUUCUGGUCCACUACGCCAUCACCCUGGAGGUGGACAGCAGCAGCGGCAUCGCCAACGACACGCUGGACUUCAUCUCUCUGCAGAACAACCUGGUGGAAAAGAACUACCCCGGAGCCGCCGAGCAGCCCACCGUCGUCUACACCAUCACCGACUUCCGCAACUACAUCACUGAGGCUCUGCACAAGGACAACUUGCUGAGCAACAGCAGCCUGGCGAUGCAGACGGACGCUCUGCGGCUGGAGAACGCGGAGAACUUGUUACCGAUUGUGAAACCUACUAUCCGACCGUCCGACGCCUUCGACAACAUGGAUAACAUCCUCGCUGCAGAGAAGCCUCCCGACGCUCCGAUCCACGAGGUGGAAAGCAACAUCUUCCUCAACAAAGACGACUUCCUGUUCGACCCCUUCGACGAGUGGAAAGUCCCCCAGGUUGAGGUGGUGAGCGAGAACGACGUCUUCAUGUUCGACGACAUCACGAUUCCGACACCCGCCGCCGAUUUCCCCAAGAAGACCAUCGGGAGAGAGAAUAUUGAAGAUGAGGGAUUCCUUGAAAGUAAUGCUCCUGCCGCCGGUGACGACCCCCGAGAGGACCUUGCGGUUGGUCCCGGAGGCUCCCCUGCAGCCGUCGCCCCUCCAGCGCCGGUGAAACCACAAACAGGCUCUGAGGCCACGCUGGACGGAGGAUCUGGCUCUGGUUUCUCUGGAGACGGCCAGGGUGACGAUCUCUGGGCCCGGCAGCCGGCGACAUCCUCUUACGAGACUAGCUUCUACGAGGAGGGGGACGGCAGCCUGGAGGUGCUACCGCCGCCUGACCUGGAGGAGACCGAGGACGAAGAUGAAGACGAGGAGGUCUUCACCGUUGAGUCGCCAACCACUGACAAAGAGGACGUAAUUGCGAUGGAGUUCACCAAUGCUUCCCCUUUGCAGACAACAACGGUUCCUGCUUUUGAAAAAUCAGUGCUGGAUGGAGGCAUUGAGGAACCUUUCUUGGACCAGGUUUUAGUUACGCAGCACAUCAGUACAGACCCUCGUUACUCAACCACCACCGGAGCACCUGUAUUCUCGCCCGAAAGAACCUUGACUGUUGAACUUUCAGUGCAAACAGUGGAGGCAUCCGGCAUCUAUGACGAUGACUCCUUGACCGGACCACAUACCCUCACGGCGCCAGUCACAGAUCCUCCUGAACCUGAAGCUAGGACUCGCGAGGCCCCUGUUUUUGCAGGGCCAACUGAUUCCGCAGUCAGGCUUCCAGAAACCGCUGAAGAUGUGGAAGUAACUACUGAUGCAGCAAUAGAGCUUCCAGUGGCUACCGUUGGGUCUGAAUCAGAAGAAUAUGUACCCGAGAAGGAGGAGGUUGAAGUUAUUGUUGCGCCUGAAGCACCUGAAGUCCCUGACACUGACACUUCCUCUACCGAAGCGUCACCUACGUUUGUAGAAGUCCAGGCAGUCACAGUCAAAGAAUCCAGCCUUGAUACGAUCACCGUAGAAUCGCCAGAACUUAAGAUAUUCACGGAAAAUCCUAAAUUGCUGCCGCCAGAAACCGAAGACCACGAUGAGGUAGAAAUUUUAGAGGAGCAACACAUCAUCGGCGUCACCGAUCCUGUGAUAACGACGACGCUGGCGGUUGGUAUCCAAGACGAGGAUCUGGUUGUGGAUGAAGUCAUGGUUGUCACCACGACGACUGCCGCUCCGGUCCUCACUUCUUCUGUAAGUCCAGACCACAGCAGAAGCAUCGCUCUCUCGCCUGAGAAGGAAUCACCAUUCACUCGAGUGUCGGAUUCGGCGCCGGAUGACGAGGAACCGGUUGACCAUGAGCACAUGAACCAUGAAGACGUUGACGAAGUUCCAAUGAAUCCGACUUCAGCUGUUCCUCAUUUGAAGCCAUCGGUGGUGGUUGUGGACAAAACAGAAGGUGCUUCAACGGAUGCCGUAGAAGCAUCGCUAGGAGACUUGUUAACCACCUUGACGAAUGCUUCAGAGAGUGAAUCAGGUAGUGUUACCCUCCAAACUUCCUUGCUUCAGGAAGUCAACAACUCCACCCCCGCCGCAACCGAGAUCCAACCCUUAGAUUUUUCUGAGGUGCCGAGCAUCGACGUGAGCUUCGAUGUGUUCCCGUAUGGCGGUGUGGCAGUUGAAGGUGACAGCAGCGGCUUCUACAGUGGGGCUCAGGGUUCAGACCUGGAUGCCUUCGCAUUGCCAACCCGACCCGGCAAGGCCCUGACGGUGUUCUUCAGGCUCAGGGUGACCAACAUGGCAUUCUCCUUGGACCUCUUCAACAAGAGCUCCCCUGAGUACAAGGCCUUGGAGCAACGCUUCCUAGAACUGCUGGUCCCGUACCUUCAGACCAACCUGAACAACUUCCAGAACCUGGAGAUCCUCAACUUCAGGAACGGCAGCAUCGUGGUGAACAGCAGGAUGAGGUUCGGUAAGCCAGUUCCCAGAGGGGUCGACAACGUGGUCUACCUCAUCCUGGAGGACUUCGCCAACACCGCUUACCAGACCAUGAACCUGUCCAUCGACAAGCACUCGCUGGACGUCGAGUCAGGUGACCGGGCCGACCCCUGUAAGUUCCAGGACUGUAACGACUUCUCCAGGUGUCAGGUCAACAGGUGGUCCGGUGAGGCCGAGUGCGUGUGCGCCGCCGGCUACCUGAGCGUGGACGGCCUGCCGUGUCAGAGCGUCUGCGAGGUGCAGCCCGACUUCUGCCUCAACGACGGCAAAUGUGACGUCAUCCCCGGCAAGGGCGCCAUCUGCAGGUGUCGGGUCGGAGAGAACUGGUGGUAUCGCGGUGAGCACUGCGAGGAGUACGUCUCCGAGCCGCUGGUGGUUGGCAUCGCCAUCGCCUCGGUGGCCGGCUUCCUCCUGGUGGCGGCCGGCAUCAUCUUCUUCCUGGCACGGAUGCUGCGAGAGCAGUACGAUGGGGAGGACAGCGAGGACCCGCUACGACGGGGAAACAGUCCGCCAACGCUGGAGCGCGCCACCAAGUUGGACCCCACGUUUGAGAGCGACCAGGUCACCGCCCAGUACUACCGGCGCUACAAUGACGACAACGCGCCCCACUACAGCAGCCACGCCGGCACCGGCGGCUCCAGAGACCUCGACAGGGCUCUCGAGAUACAACACAUCUGCCAGAACACCACGCUCACCCAGGAGGAGAUCCAGGAGCGUCUGAGGAUCAUCGAGUUGUGCGCCAGAGAUCAACACUUUGCAGACUUUGUGCGACAGACUCAAUUGUGA